CACUUCCAACAUGUGUUACACUUACACUCUGCUUAAAAAAUCUCCUUCCUACCCAGAAAGAAAUGUAAAAUAUGAUACAAUACUGGGCAUAUAUCUUCCAUUAAUAAACAUGCUCCUUUCUACCUCCUCUUUGUGCUAAAUCCUUUCUAAUCCAAUCUACACAGCAAAACAAGCAUUAAUACGACUUUUUGCGCAAAACAAUGCCCAGAUUCCCUCAUCGACAAUUAAAAUACAGUACAAAAUAUAGGAGCUGAUCAUUCUGCUAUAUUAUGAUAGGCAAAUAAAUGACACUGACUUUAAUGAUAUGCUACACAUAAAGAGCAUUGGAUUCGUCUGUUUUUAUUUAGGUUUUACUAUUAAUUUAAUUAUGGAUGUAAUAAUAAAAUCCAUAAAGUUUCCUUUGUCCAUUUGAGACUGCAGCUCUAUUUCGCUUAUUUCGAAAUAGCCGAAAAUGGUCGCCAUGUGCGAUAAAUAUUAUGCCCCGCCAUAAACUUUGGGCGCAAUAAAGGCUGAGCAGAUCGCUAAAUCCACUCGCGCCUUGUGCUGCGCGCUCAGACCUGCGGCCACUGUAUCCCCCAGUUCUACUGUAUAUUCGCUCUACUUCCCACCCCCGGCUGGACAUUAUAGGGGGAAAUAUUAAAUGUUUCUCCAUCACCUGGGCUGACUGUUUUGUGGAGGAAGCCAAUAACAAACUCAUUACAAUACAGGGGAACUUUAGCAGAAUAAACUUGUCCCCAGAUCUAUGAUCUUCCAGGCAGAACUGUGCGCAAAGGGCCACUGAUUCCCUUCAGUGAUCAAAACACAAGACAUUGAUUAAAAAAACGUGAGAUAUGGAGAUCUUUGGGCAGAUAACAAGAUGCAGACAGAAAGGGAGAUGGAGAAAGAUAGAAGCCUGGUGCCCACUGGGUAUAAAUGCCACUAGGGUGCUUAUGGCUGGGGGUCCCUGAUUCUUGGGGUUAUUCUCCUUUCAGCUGAGAUCCAUGUCAGUCAAGGUGGUUACAACGCCUCCUAUUUAGGUAUGAACAUAUUUAUGAUUGAACAGAUCAUCACGGUCAAGCCCAUCUUAAUUAAUAUCACAAUUUAUGGAUCACAAAGCCAAUUAUUGCCAUGCGCAAUUAAUUUCCCGGGGAGCAUCAAGUUAAAUAAAAAAGCGUCCUUUCUUUUAUUGGGAAAAAAGUGAAAAUGAGACGGUUCCUCCAACUACUGAAGUCCUUAUCCAUAAUUCGGCGACCAUUCAAAUUAAAGAGUGGUAGCUGAUAGAAUAUAAAUGUAAAAUUCUAGUAAAUACUUAAAAUCAUUGACCUACAGCAGCCAUGGUGGCGCGUCCAGUGCAGCCAUGUUUAUUAGGUGCUCUACCACCCAACUGGCACCAGGUGACGCUGUGGUCUCAUUGUCUUCUUUUCCAACUUGGGGCCUUCGGUUUUUUGUUCCGCCAACAUAUCAGAUACGUUUCACAGGCUUCCAUCAAUAACCUCCUGGGGUCAUCAAGCCAAAUUUAUGACUGGCCAACAGAAUCACGUGAUUCUAUUUAAACAUCCCAUAUUUGGGCAGAGCACAUAGAAUAAAGAAAGAGGAAUCCCCAGCUAUAAAUUCUGCACUUUAGAGAACAAAAACCCUGAACUUCAAAGGGCCACAAAUCAACCAUAAUCAAAGGGUGCAAAAAAAAAAGAAAAAGAAACUAAUAAUAACAAUAAUCAGCCAUGAGUUCGUACGUAGCCAAUUCAUUCUAUAAGCAAACUCAAAAUGUUCCAGCCUAUUCCAUGCAAAGUUAUGGGAAUUAUGGAUCUGUAUCCGAGGUCCCUUCAUCCAGGUAUUGCUACAGUGGGUUGGAUCUGAGCAUUACAUUCCCUUCUCCUGGUUCUUCUAACUCUCUGAGCGCUUUGGAUAUGCCUUCAAACCCAACUGCUAACUCUGAGCGGCCUUCCUGCACUCUUAUGGGUUCUUCUGGGCACACUGUGGGAAGAGGAGAGCAGAGUGUCCUCAACUCUGGGAUUUACAAUCAGAAAACUGCGACUACAGCGCUGGAGGAUAGAUCUAAAGGGAUUGAGGGCAUCAAAACUGAGCCGGCACAGAGCACUCCACAAGGUGGGCAAUCACAGCAGCAACAACAACAGCAGCAGCAGCCACCACAAAUAUAUCCUUGGAUGACCAAACUGCACAUGAGCCAUGAAACGGACGGGAAGCGAUCCCGGACAAGUUACACUCGAUACCAGACCCUGGAGCUGGAGAAGGAAUUCCACUAUAAUAGAUACCUGACUCGCCGAAGGCGCAUAGAGAUCGCCAACAACCUCUGCCUAAACGAGAGGCAGAUCAAAAUCUGGUUCCAGAACCGACGGAUGAAAUGGAAGAAAGAUACAAAAGUCAAGAGCAAAGACUCUCUGUAAAAGGAGCAAAAACCGGAGAAGGCAGAUAUUUAACCUUAGUUUUGUUACAUCUACUUAAUGAAACUUUCUGCUUGUUUUUAUGUGAGGGGAGACCGAGGGAAGAGAAGGAGUCCACAGGGAUCUAAAGUCAUUUGUAAGGAUCUAUGGCCCUAAUGUAAUAUAUGGAGCCCACUCAUACUCUUUUUUUUAUUUCCCACACAAAAUAGUGUAUAGACCUGUAUUUUGUCCAUUAAGUGUUUUCUGUUUUGACCAAAUUUGUUUUAAAGAGAAACUCUGGAGAAAAUGGUCUAGGCAACUCCCUGCUCUAUGUUCUUUCCCGUGCGGCAUUGUAUUAGACUUGCAAGCUGUCUGGGGUCAAAGAGAGUUCUUUUGGGGGAGAAAAUGCUAAUUGAGAUCUUUAGGCUGAAGAGGGCAGGGAAAGUGUGGCUGUAUUAUAUUGUGCUUACUAUAAUAGGGGUCAUAGAUUUAAUGGCCGGUUAGAUAUGGAAAUAUAUUUAAAAAAAGAAAAAAACAGGAGAAGAGGUUUUUAAGUUAAACUUCUCCAUUGGUUCCAUCGAAAUGGAAUAGACCCGAGUAUGUGUGUACAAUCCACACAUUAAUCAUUUCAUGCACUUGUAUAGUCUUUUCAUAUUAUACACACUAUGAAGUCAAUUUGUUUUUCCUGCCAUGUUAUGUUUCAGUAGCUUUUGCUUAUGUUACAAAAAAAAUAAGCACUGGGGACACAAAAGUGCCCCAGUUUUUGAGUAUCAUAAGUUGAUUUUGUCACCUUGAUAUCAUUUGUUUUGGAAGUGUCUGUGCGCUGAUUUCAUUGGCAUGUUGUUGGAGAAACAAAAAAACAAAAACAAAAAAAAAUUAGGAAAUUGAUAAAAAAAAACUGUUUUAAUGUGUAAUUUAUUUUAUUUCUAUUUUUUUGCGUAAGUAAUGCUAAAAGCGUCUAAAAACCGUUUGUACAUCAUCGUUUUAAUAUAAUCCUUUCUUGUCUAGUUUUAUCCGAUAAUGUACUGCAUAUAUUUAUUGGUUGCAAUUUCAUAUGUGAAAAAAAUCAUGGAACCUCUAUUUUGUCAUAUUGAAUAAACAGCAAAUAAUAUAACAAG